GCUUCGUUUAGCGCACGAUCGGUGCAGUUGAUAAAUGGAGGAUCCGUGUUUGUCAAGGUAGUUUUGUUUACGCGGAAAUUUUCACUCGGUAACAACUUUUCGCGUGUCCCGUUUGUGCUGAAGAGGUAGAUGAAGAAUAUCAUAACAUGUCCCGCAAUCACAAGGACAAGUAUGAGAACUCCAACCCACGUCGUAUGUACACACUCAUGUGCCCUGAAGACUAUCAAUCAGGGAAGAAAUCUCAUUGGUCGGAGUUGGAGAUAACAGGCAGUAUAAGAAAUCUAAGCCCUAAUUUGUGGCAAAUGAUUCAUCUGACAGCUUUGUAUCUAAAUGACAAUAGUCUGCAGAGAGUACCAGCUGAAAUUGGUCGUCUUGCCAACUUGCGCAUUUUAGAUCUCAGCAGCAAUAAGCUGCGUAGUCUACCUGCUGAACUGGGGGACCUUAUCUACCUCAGGGAGUUGUUAUUGAACCAAAACUACCUUCGUGUGUUACCGUACGAACUAGGAAAAUUGUUCCAAUUACAAGUGCUUGGACUUCAAGGAAAUCCACUCAGCAAGGAUGUAUUGACAUUGUACGGGACUGGGGAGCCUACAGGGACGAACAAGCUGCUGACAUACAUGUUGGACAACUUACAAGUUACAGCGAAUCAUCCGCCCCAAAGACCAUGGAUUCCGUUGACGAGGCCCAACAGGACGAGACCAACAUGCAUAUUUACGGUGAUGUGUUACAACGUAUUGUGCGACAAGUAUGCGACACGACAGAUGUACGGCUACUGUCCGAGCUGGGCGCUCGACUGGGAAUACCGGAAGAAGGGUAUUCUCGACGAGAUACGGCAUUACGCCGCGGACAUCAUCAGCCUGCAAGAGGUCGAGACGGACCAAUUCUACAAUUUCUUCUUGCCGGAGCUUAAGCACGACGGCUACGACGGCAUAUUCUCGCCCAAGUCCCGCGCGAAAACGAUGGCGGAGAACGACCGCAAAUACGUCGACGGCUGCGCCAUUUUUUAUAGGACCGCCAAAUUUUCUCUGAUAAAAGAGCAUUUAGUCGAAUUCAAUCAAUUGGCGAUGGCGAACGCGGAGGGUUCGGAUAAUAUGUUGAAUCGAGUCAUGCCCAAAGAUAACAUCGGACUGGCUGCAUUACUUAGGACUAAGGAAGCCGCUUGGGACAAUGGUGUUCCAUCGGACCCGGCACAAGUGCAACAACCAAUUUUAGUUUGUACGGCUCACAUCCAUUGGGAUCCCGAAUUUUGCGACGUGAAAUUAAUACAGACGAUGAUGCUGAGCAAUGAAUUACGUUCCAUUUUGGACCAAGCUGGUCAGUCGUUCAGACCCGGCCAUAAGCCUGAUUCUUCCAAUGUUCAACUGCUACUUUGUGGCGACUUCAAUUCCUUACCUGAUUCUGGUGUGAUCGAGUUUCUUACAUCCGGACGUGUGGCGGCCGAUCAUCGUGAUUUUAAAGAUUUAGCGUACAAAUCGUGUUUACAAAAGAUCUCUGGCUGCGAUAAACCUAACGAAUUCACGCAUUCUUUCAAACUUGCAUCUGCCUAUAGCGAAGACAUUAUGCCCUAUACCAACUAUACAUUCGAAUUUAAAGGCAUAAUAGACUACAUUUUCUAUUCGAAGCAAAGUAUGGUACCACUGGGCCUCCUAGGUCCAUUGAGCCCAGAGUGGUUUAAAGAGCAUAAAGUAGUAGGAUGCCCUCAUCCUCAUGUCCCAUCUGAUCACUUUCCUCUGUUAGUGGAGUUGGAAAUGACACCGACAGUAGGAACAAGCAAUGGUUUGAUCUCACGCAGGUAGCAGCCGCUGCGAUCUAGACCCAAAUAACCAUAAAAAGGCGAGAAAUCAAUAAGGAAGGUUAAAAGAGGGAAACGAAAGAAUUUGCAUCACUUCUUCUCUACUUACUUCUGGCUCUAGCAAUAUCAUUCGCAGUCGACUUAUUACUCUUACUACAAUAGAGCGAACAUUAUACAUAUAAAUACUCCAUACAUUGCCGCACAUUCAACCAACAGCAAUUGCUGUCGUUGAGACGCCGACGAACACACAAUUCUAAUGACCAGGUGAAGGGAGCCGUGUUGUAAUGCGUUUAGCUAGCCCAUGUAUAGUGUAUUGCAUUUUUAAGAGCUAACUCACUCUCCCAUGCCUAAGAAUUAUUGUAACCUCUCUAUUUACCAUCAUAAUAUGUAUGUGUAGAUACCUAUUUUCCUACAAAAAGUAAAGAAAGAGAAAAUGACGAUAUUCCGAUCAAGAAGCCUCUGUGAUAUCAACAUUUAACACAAUUGGAACAAAUUAACGUAUUUACUAAUAAACAAAACUAGUAGAGCGUCUUACUAGGUAGAGAGAGAAAGAGAGAGAGCGAGAGAGAGAGCGAGCGAGAGAGAGAGAGAAACACACACAUCUUAAACAAAACUCCCUCCUCCCCUUCCUAAAUGUCAUUACAACAUUCUCCAAGCCAACCUUUUGAUAAGAAUGCUGCCAUCCAAUGAGAGAGAAAAAGAAAAAAAAAUUGUAUUUUUAAACAAAACGAAAACAAAAAAGCAUAUGAAAACAUACAUGCUAUACUGGGCUGUGCGAAGUGAUUGGAGUGAUUGACUUAAAACAAUUUCAAUGCAAGUACAAAUCUGUUCUUAUUGGCCACGUAUAUAUUGAUAUAAUAUGAUAAUGUUAUAUAAGAAAACAAGAAAACAUAGAUGAUAUUGUAGCGGGUGUAUUUGUAAGUAUGAUAUAAUGUAAUGAUAUUCAUCAUACACAUUUGUCAUAGCGUCAAAGUAAGAUCAGUUCGACAUUCGCCCACAUUUUAGGUAUCCGUUCGAUUCCGAUUAUAUUAAUGUAUAUGUGCUCCGUAUACCACAUAAUCCACUACUUGUUAAUUCAGUUGCCAUCGAAAAACGAGGGAAUUUUUAUAUAAUCGCGCGUACGAAAGUUCUCGCGUUUUUCCACAAUAUUGCAUUUCUAUCAAUCUGUCUCGCUUAUUUGUUCUUUUCUAUUGUCUUGCAGUGUGCAGUUAAUACCGCAGCUACCAAAAUAUAGAUUCUAAUCUUAUUUUAGUUAUCGUAGAAAAUGUAUUAGACAGUUUUUAAUGAUAAUGUAAAAUAUGCAAUGUU